AUGGCCAUCGAACAAGUCAUUCGCCUGGCCGAGAGGUUCUUCACGGACCCCGACCACCACAUCUUCGCCCAGGUGCCGCCCUCUUGGGUCCCCUAUGUCGAGCUCACGCGUCUGAACCAGCCCGUGGGGGCUCUGAUGCCUAUCCUCCUUUACGGCGUUGGCCUGACAUUUGCUGCCUGUGUAUCACAGCCUCUCAUCCCCAUGAGCGAGUUCUUCGUGUUGGCAUGGCACAGCGACAUUUGGCUUUUCAUUAUGCGCCACGCUCUUUGCACGUUCAACGACGCCAUUGAUUACGAAUACGAUCGAAAAGUCAGACGCUGUCGCUUACGACCUGUUGCACGCGGCGCCAUAACGCCAGAACGCGCACUUCAAUUCAGCGCUGCUCAGUUAAUCCUAGGAGCUUAUGCUCUGUCGAAUCUUCCCAGGGAGUCGCACGGCCUUGGAGUCAUAACCACACUAAUCAUGAUGAUAUAUCCCUUUGCAAAGCGAUUCACUCAUUUCCCACAGCUCAUCAUGGGAUCAAGCUUCACCGUGUCUAUCUUCAUGGCUUGUGCAGCCGUUGGUGUCGACGCAUCUUUUGAAUCAGAGCAGUUCCCAUCCGCCCUUUUUCUCGGUGUUGCCUGUAUGUUAAUCGUUGCUAUUGCCGACACUAUCUACGCCUAUCAGGAUAUUCGUGACGAUGCAGAAGCUGGGAUAAAAUCGAUGACUUUAGUACUGGGGGACCGUCCAAAGACAUGGCUAUGGACACUAACUGCCGCCGUCGAAGGCCUGCUACUUAUGGCUGGACAUCAGAGUAAUUUCUCUCCAAUCUACUACCUUGUCAGUUGCGGUGGCUCUUUCGUUGUUCUAUCAGCAAUGAUAGCGCUUGUCGACUUAAGAGUUGCUGCUGACUGUAGAUGGUGGUUCAAGCGUGGUGGAACUGGGAGUGUGUUUGCUAUUAUGUUGGGGCUGUACAUUGAAUACUUCAUACGACUCUGCCUGUUUGCAUAA